CCGACUCUCGCGAGACUUGCCGGAGUCAGAGAGUCUGGGGGCCGGCCGCAAGGGAAGAUGGAGCCGCGGGUGGGGAACAUGUCCGAGUCAGACAUCGGCAGGAAGUGGGACCGGUGCAUGGCGGAUACGGUCGUGAAGAUAGGUACUGGUUUUGGAUUAGGAGUCGUUUUCUCACUUACCUUCUUUAAAAGAAAAUCGUGGCCUUUAGCCUUCGGUUCUGGCAUGGGCCUGGGCAUGGCCUAUUCCAACUGUCAGCACGACUUCCAGGCGCCCUACCUUCUGCAUGGGAAAUACGUCAAAGAGCAGGAGCAGUGAGGCACACCGAGAACGCCCCGGAGGGAGGAAGGGAGGAACCCGCUCGCUCCUCAGGAACACCGCGGUCCCCAGAGUCGCAGCGGUGCGCCGCGGCGCUUCCAACUCCAGCGCUCUGCUGUGUCCGAAACCAGCCUGUUUCUUGUUUUGUAUUUUCUCUCUGGAAAUUGUAAGGAGAUGGUCUUAAGAGAAAUAAAUUAAACACAAAUAGGAA